AUGUGGGCGCGUGCGGGCUUCCCCGCCGCCCAGCCCGUGCGGACCAUCAGCGUCUUCGCGGUGCUCUUGUUCGCCCUCCUGGUCGCGCCGAGCGCCCUCGCCGGCUCCGACAAGGUCUCGCGCUUCCUCUCAGACCUCGGCGACGUGCAGGAUGACGUGCCCGACGUCGGCAAGUCCGAGUGCGAGAAGCACUCCUGGCGGAAGCGCCAGCUCAAGCUGCUGAAGGAGAUGCCCUUUUCGGGCCUUUUCGGGGACCUGAAGGGCCACGGCAAGUUCGAGGCAUCCGGGAUCGAGCGCGUGCACGACCAGUACUACGUCGUGUUCGACUCCCUGCACUCCCUCGGCCGCGUGGACAACCGCUUCCGCUUCCGCAGCAGCAACAACGUGCUCCUAGAGAACGAGGAGGACCGCGAGGACGACUCCCAGUACGAGGCCGUGGUGUACCGGGCGCGCACGAAGCGCUUCAUCCUCGUGCAGGAGGCCAUCGAGCACGACGACAACAAGUACCGCCCCGUGCUGCACGAGGUCGAGAUCGACGACAAGCACGAGACGUAUAAGAUCCUGGAGGAGUGCAGCGUCGACUUCGAAGUCAACGCGUCGAACAAGGGGUUCGAGGGCAUGCAGUACAUCGAGUGGGACGGCCACGAGUGGUUCCUCGCGCUCUGCGAGGGCAACCACUGCGAGGGCGGCGAGAAAGGCAUGGAGAAGGGCAACGGCAAAGCGGUGCUCCUGGAGUUCGGGGACGACUACGAGACCUGCGUCAUGACCGUGGUCAAGACCGUGGACCUGCCGGCGACCGCGUUCUUCACGGACUACUCGGCGAUGGCCAUCCAGUUCGACGACCCGGGCCCGAUCAAGCGCGUGGUCGUGGCGUCGCAGGCCGACUCCGAGCUGUGGCUGGGGCGCAUCGACCUGGACAAGUUCGAGUUCGUCGACGAGGACUCCGAGGUGCUGCACUUCCCGCGCACGCCCGAGCACUGCGAGGUGCAGUACUGCAACGUCGAGGGCGUGAAGUGGCUUGGCGACCGCCGCCUGGCGGUGGUGUCGGACAAGGCGAAGCGCACGCAGUCGUACCUGUGCACGACCAAGGAGGAGAUGCUGCACGCGUUCGCGCUCCCGGAGAAGACCAAGAUCCAGCCGCCCGCGCGCACGACGCUCGGGGGCGGCACCGGCCACGCCGCGCGGUGGCUGAUCCUGGUGGGCGGCCUGCUCGGGUGCCUGGGCGCCACCGUGUGGGUCGUCGCCAAGGCGGGCACGAGCACGUGGACGCCCGUCGCGUCCGGCGACUCCUGA